ACCCCACGGAAGUUGAAGUUUUUACUACGUUGGUCAAGUGGCAGAAGACUCCUGCGAAGUCAUCAACACACUUCGCUUCUUUUGCAGCACAUUGUGCAUUUUCUGAAGGAGGUUGUUUCAGCAGGAGGCUUUAGGGUCACAGAGGCGUCAUGGCAGAAGAGGCCAAGAAACUCGCAGGCUACGCUGCGGUGGAUAACCAUGUCCAGGCUCGUCAGUUGAUUCUGCAGCAUGGUCUAACCCUGUCGGAUCUGGACAGGCACCCAGAGCUGGAUGUGGCCAUCGACGGGGCGGACGAGGUGGAUGCAGCUCUCACACUCAUCAAGGGAGGAGGAGGCUGUCUGACUCAGGAGAAGAUCGUAGCCGGCUGUGCCAAACACUUCAUCGUCAUCGCUGACUUCAGGAAGGACUCCUCGGUCCUGGGCCAGCAGUGGAAGAAGGGUGUUCCUAUUGAGGUGAUCCCUAUGGCCUACGUCCCCGUCUCCAGGACGAUAGCCAAGCGCUUCGGAGGGGAGGCAGUACUCCGCAUGGCUGUCAGUAAAGCUGGUCCGGUGGUAACAGACAACAGUAACUUCAUUCUGGACUGGAAGUUUGAACACGCUCAGAACUGGAAGGAGGUCAAUACCGCUAUUAAGAUGAUACCAGGUGUGGUAGAGACUGGUCUGUUUGUGGGGAUGGCUGAGAGGGUUUACUUUGGGAUGGAGGAUGGUAGUGUUCGUGUGAGAGACCCUCCAGUCAUCUGACCUGUCUGGGACCCGACACCUUCCACCAACCUCCCUGUCUGGGACCACCAUCUAAAUCACAGUGCCUUAUAUUCUGGGACCACCAUCUAAACCACAGUACCUUAUAUAUUGGGUCCCAAAUGGCACCCUAUCCUUUACAAAGUGCACUACUUUUGGCCAGCCCUAUGGGUUAUGAUGGGGAUAGGGUCCUAUGUAGCGGAUAGGGCGCCAUUGGGGAAACCGCCAAUAUUCUAUCACCUAUGGCCUCUGAUCUGACAGACUGAAUGGUGUAUAACUACAGGUUGACCUCACAACAUCUACCAUGACAUGUACAAGGCUCUACUUUUUUGUAUGUUUAUAAGUUGAAAAAUGUAUGUACACAUAUACAUUAAAGUGCACGAUGAAAAACGA